AUGACGGCCCAAGAACUCAAGGAAUGGCUCAAGGGCGACGACUCCACGAGCGCGGGAUGGAGCAAAGACGACGGCAGCGGAGAGUCUGUAGGCCACGACAGCGGCCGACGGAUCGUCGAGAUUCUCGAGUCCAACCCUGACAAGGAUCCGGAAAAGUAUACGGACGACGAUAUCAGUCACAUGCGAAAGGUUGUGUCUUACUGUAAGCGGCACCUGGCUCAGGAAGAAAGAGCAAACAGCAAGAAGUCUGUUGAGGAAGUGAAGAAGACCAAAUCGUAUGCGUCGCUCAAGAACUGGGGCCACGAUCCCCUCAAGAAG